GAAACAGAUGUCCCAAGCGUUACUCCCACAUCUGACCAGAGAAAGUAGGAAGAAGUUCUGCCGGCUCGGAAAGGAUGCUGUAGAGGAGCAUAUUUCACUGAAAACGGUAUGUACACGAGGUUUUAUGAAGUUUGAGCAGCAAAAUAUGUUGAAGUAGUGACAGUGUUAUCACCAGUAUUACGCUUUGAUCAAGAGUGUGAGGGCAGGCAUGGUGUUACAAGUCGGUGAACUGUUUAAAGAGCUGUUACUGAGAGAUAAGCCUGGCUGUGUGUUAUCAUGUGGUGUAGAAAUGUUCAAAAACAAAUGCUUUAAAGGUGUAACUUAGCACAUUUUCUCAAGUUAGGUAGGUUUAUCUGACUGUAAUCACGAGAUAAGCUGUAAGUUAUCUGUUUGGGUAGGCUGUUUAAAUGUGCUGUUAUUUUACAAUAGACUACAAAACACAGGUUUAAGAGAGACAACAGCAUUUGUUUUUACUCAUAUUUAUUUUAAGUCCAAUUAAGUACAGAUAUUUUUUGUAUACAAAAGUUGAAUAAGAUAGUAGUCAUUUAUUGAUGAUACUAUUGGUGUUUAUUAUGGAUCAGAUUUCUGUUGCUUUAGGCUACAUGUAGGACUUGUGUCACAACUUUUUCAUUGCAAUACAACUUUAACCAGGAAUUAUCUGAUGAUUUGACAGUGAUUUAACUAUGAUGUACCUCUUACACUGCUACACCUUUGUUAAGAGAAUAAAAGUAUGGUAACCCCAUAUCACUGCAAGUACAAGAGAAAACAGCAACAAUCAAUGAGUUCGAAGCAGCUGUGUUAGAAGACAACCUGGACUCUUAGUAGUUUAAUCCCUAGCACUGAAGUGUUCUGUAUAUGUUGAACAGGUUGCAUCCACAGAUAAACAGUGCUUUAAGACUAAUGUGGGUCAAUAGGCUGGCUGUUGGCAGUUGUUUGUGCCAGCAGCAGCAGAAUAAACAAUUUCCUACAGUCUUCAUGUUGACUGGCCUGCAGUGAUACUGUGGUGCUAAAGACAACACCUCUGUGUUGUUAUGCCUCCGGAGCCCACCAGCUCUUUUGUCAUCAGGGGGUACUCGCGGGUGAAAAGCUGUCACCACAUCCUGCUAGGCGCCUCAUACUGACCAUCAGUGUCUGAUUGGAGGCCUCAGAAAUGAUGACUCCGAGGGACAAGGUGUUGUGAACCCCGGGCAGCCCUUCAGCCUCUGGAGAACAAUGGCGUAUCUCUUCUUGACAGAGCUGCUGUGUCUGGCCAGCAUAUGGCCUCCAGUGACUGAGAGCAGUGACACAGUGCCUGUUGCCUCUACAUUGUCUGUCCCUGAAAACUAAGACCCUAGCACUACACAACAGUGGUGAUCUAAGAAAAGGAAAGGCAGGCACUGUUUAAGUCUCUGACACAGAUCAUUCGAACUUCUGCUUUUAUGUAAUCUCAGCCUCUAGUGUGCAUACUACAGACUUUCCACACUGAGAAAUUCUCCCCAAGACAAAGAUCUGACUCCAGUGAGGUGCUUUGUAAUCCAACACUUCAUUUUUUCCCUCUGCUGCUCCCCCCACAUCGAUGCACUUUCCUCCAGCAGCCCAUACUGUGCACAGAGCGGGUUCAUUUUGCUGAAUGGAUUUUGGCUUUUCAUCAGGCUCUGAAAUAAGGCCUGCUGUAAAGUCGUUUGGUUUCUUCCAUAGUAUCAGCAUUCAGUGGAGAAUCUUAAUUACAGGGUUCGAACAGGCCUCGGUCUGGUUUCAGGCAUCUCUCACUGUUUCCUCGGUGAGGCUGGUCCCCGUUGGUAAUUCCAGGGCUGACCACAGUGGUAAUGAGCGAGGCGGUUGUGGAGGCAUUCCAGGGGAUCGCAGCUCCAGAGGCUCAUGGGAAAGGGUGGCGGGGGAAGUCUGGGAGACAGUGAAUCCACAUUAUGAUCUCUUGCCAUAAACACCCACAUCCGUACAUGUUCAAAUAUCAUAGGCUAGUGAGCGGUGAGGAUGGGCUGGUCAGUCGCUCUCUUCUUGGACAUUUCCCCAGAUAGUUGUCAUUAGCAGUGAUCACAAUUAAGAUGUUAUGGCUACAUCAAUCAAGGUGGAGACAGUGCUAUCAGCAGCUAUCCCCUCUGGAAAUGGGCUGCUAUUCCUGGUACAGAGGAGACGUUAUUAUUCUUGGCUCUCCCUAGAAGCGAAAUCUCAACACUGCAGGUAUUUAUGAAAAAUUUGACAAAUAAGCAUCAACAUCUUGGAAAUAAGCUUCUCAACCAUGCAUCCACCCACCUACCCACUUACUCAACCUAGACCUCCGACCACAGACUCUUGUGAAAGUCGUCAGAGAGUUAUGGGGUGUAAGUGGGUAAAUCCCACAUCACCCUGCCUGUCUCUGAUUACCAGACUGGAUUCCUGUUGAUGUCUUUAGUUUAGAUUGCUGCAAUGUGGAGCCAUGUGUCUGCGAGUACAGUCGACCUAAAACCUCGCAGAGUGAAAACACUCAGCUCUGCAACUUUCCCCCACCUCUCACUGCAGCCUUGUCUCAAUAUCAGCCCAACAACGUGUUGUCAGCAGAUAUUGCGCCCACAGCAGCUUAUUGGGGCCGGUUGGUAGAUACAGGCCCUUUGUUGCAGUGUUGUUUUACUGACUCAAGCUGCCUGCGCUGCAUUGUGCUACCGGCUGCUCAUAUCUGCGUCAGUUCACAUGAGCUGCUGUGGUGAAUGGCUCAGACCUUUGGGAUUCACAAUAAUAUCCUGUUAGAGGAGGUUUUUAUCCACACAAAUCUGUGUCUUCCUGGUCCCUGCAGGAAAAGGCCUGAUAUCAAUCUGCAAACACAAGGGAAGAGACAAGAGAUGGGGAUUCAAAACAGCUACACAGUACCAGCCCAUUCAUCCGCUCUCAUCCCCGUUCCUUUUCCUUUGAUUUCAGACUCAAAACACAUUAUUUGCUCCUUUUUAUGGAUGAUUUUCAAGUGAUACUGCACGGGGAGUCAUCAAACGUUUGAUUUGUCGACUGAUAUGUGUCACCCUGCUGCAAGGCUGGCAAACAACAUCCUUUGAUCGUGUAAGUGCUUGACACGAAACAUUUUCUCUUGUGAUAAGCUUUAUAGGGGAAGUCCAGAGUGGUGGCAGACAUGUGAGAUUCAGAAAAUACAGACUGACCUAAAAAAAGAGAGAUAAAUAACUGUAUCUGUAUCUUCUUCUGGGGUUAUGUCCCACAAACAGCCAGUCACAGACCUCCAUGUAGGGGUUUAGAAGCUUCAGCUUUUACCUUAACGUUAUCUCCAAUUUGUUGUUGUCGUCAUUGUUUUUGUCUUCUUUCUAUACUCCUCUCUGCAUCUGGUUUUGUUUAUUGUCAGUCAGAUGUUGUGUGAAGGGUAAACAAUGCAGCAAGAGGCCAUAAACAUGAAUUGUGCUCGCCUGGUUGUGAAAGUGUGUCAGUGUAGGGCAGCAUUGCACAGGAGUCAGCAGGGCCUCUUGUGAUCUGGUGCAAGCCCAGCAUUGAGACAUUCUUCCACUUCAAAGCCCCCAGAGGGUUUUCUGGACACUGGUUGAAUAGAAGGAGAGGGAGGGGCUCGCAGGGGGAACAGGUGCAGUCCAUGAGGGGUAAUUCCCACUGCCAUCUGCUUUCUUUUUCGAGGUUCAGGGCUCUUUAAAUGCCCCCUGACACGCCUCAUGGCAACACACUCCCCUUAGCCUGCUACGCCAUGCUCCGUCACCAUGGCACCACGAUUUGGAUUAACCCCCUGCACAUGUGCCGAGUCACCCGUGGGGGUCUGCCUCUUUUGUGAGUGAGCAUGGGGGCAUGAGGGGGAGGAAGAGGUGAAUGGGGAGACGUGGAGCUGCAUAGAUGAGUGUGUGAAAGGACACUCGCCAGUCAUUCACUUUUGUUAAGUAGAGCAGCAGGAGUGAGCCUGAAUGAGGCCAUGUGGAAGGAAAACAACAGGAGAAUCUCUCAUCUGAGAGGUGAUCCAUCUUAUUUUUACUGACCUGAGAGUAAAAAAAUCUGCUUAUUUCAACAGGUAUCAAUCUGAACUCAAGAGCUGAGAGUCAAAAUGACGGCCAUCGAGAGCAAAGAGGAGAUCAGCGACACUGACAGUGGGAUUAUUUUACACUCUGGUAAGAGCGUUAGUAAAUCAUACAGAAAUAGAGCAUCUGAACCCCACAUAUCCUGUGUAUCCCAGGGCUGUGUAAUCAAUAUGAAACAUGAUGAUGCUGAAGAUAUGAAAGCAGCAAGCAAAAAGAUCAUUUCACAAUGUCCUCGUUCAACUUUCUUAAAUAUUCAGAGUGAAAUGUUAGAAAGACUCCUGUUAGUCACAAAUUCAAAUAAGUUAGGCGCAGUUUUGAGAGCUCAUGUUUAUUUGAAUUAAUUGUAUUUUCCCAAAGAGAGUUUGAUUUAGAAUAAAUUAAGAGAAAUGUAACAUACACAAUAAUAACAAGACACUCAGACAUUUUACUAAUAUAACAGUGACUCACUGUUUGGGGUGGGACAAGGGACUUUUCACCAUGCAGAAAGGAGAAAAAGCUAUGCAGUGAGAAGCUCUGGCAUGAACAUGACUUAACAAACAAUAUUAGAAUAAAAUACUACAAUAACAGUGUGAGAUAAGUGUACAAAAUGAUAUAAAGCACCAGCUGGAGUACUGAUAAGAAAAAUAAAAGUGCUGCUGCUCACUUGUGCCAAAGUUCGUAUACUAAAAUGUGAUUCUAAGGUGAGGUUAAAUUAUUCCUGUAUAUAGUGUAUUCAUACAGUGUAGUAAUAGUGGAUAGUGUGUAUAUGAAUAUGACCGAUCAAAUCCUGAAUACAGAAGUCUGAUCUGAUCAUCUGUGUGUCCCUGCAGGUCCUGACAGUCCCACAUCUUCUGUGAAGGACCUGAACACUAACACCAGAGCCCUGAAGCUCAAACACCAGUCUCUGGAAGAGCGUCUGGAGCUCUGUUUGCUGGAACUGAGAAAGCUCUGCAUCAGGGAGGCUGUAAGUUACUCAUACAUCAAAAUAAAAACACUACUCAGAUAUCAUUACUUUUAUUUGCUAAAGAAAUUUGUAACUUCUCUUAUUGAAUUGCCUUCGCUGCGUUUUGUAUGUACAUUUGUGUUGUAUGGUUCUCAUGUUUGAUUGAAUUUCCCUUCGGGGAUCAAUAAAGUUCUUCUAUUCUAUUCUACUUUAUUUCCUCAAAUAAACACCUUAAUCUGACAUUCACAGGAGCUAACUGGUAAACUGCCUGCUGACUAUCCUCUGAUGCCAGAUGAGAAGCUUCCCCGGGUCAGAAGGAGAAUUGGAGCUUCCUUCAAGCUGGAUGAAGGCCUGAUCCAUCUUAACAGACAGGUACAGGGUUAACCGCUGAUAGUCCUGACUGUUUUGACCAAAAAAAAAAAAAAAGAAAAGAGAGAGAGACUGAAAUCCAACAACCUUGAGUCUAAGUAAGAAUGUGUCUUUAUGUUAGGAUUCAGAGCUGCAAGCAUUGGAAACUGACUUGGCACUUCAGCGACAAAUUUAUGAGGCAGCUCGAAAACUUUCUGUGGAGGAGAACAUCAGCAAACCACAGAAGAAGAGCCGGCUCCAGCAGUGCAAGAGGGAGGAGAAGAAGGUGAAGGAGCUGCAGGAGGCUGUGUUCCAGCACAGAGUCAAGAGUGAGUGCAACUCACCCUGCAUACCCAUCUCAAGCAGCCAAUGCAAAGGUGAGUUACACUGCUGCCAUCUUCAGGCCAGACCGUGAACUGCUCAAAUGAAAAAUAGUUUCACUGUCACUUAAAAAAUGUUCCUUCUGCUUACAGAUCUGAACAUGUCUGAUGACAGUUCGCUGUCUGAUGUUGUGGCUCUGGAUGAUGGUGAGGACUUUAUUUAUACAUAGAAGCUUUUUGUUCCCUAAAUCUGCCGUAUCAGUUCUCAAAAUCUCAUUCUCCGCCUCAUACUGAUCGCUGUUUUCUGUGAUCACUCAUAGAUGUGGACUCGCCAAGCCCUCCCUCUCCUCCAGAGUCUGGCUCCUCCUUCUCAAGCCCCCCACAUCUGCCAGCCAAGACCCUUCAGCUGUCCAUGCAAUCUCCAAGCCAGCUCAGUGUGGAGUUUGAGCCCUCCCCCAUUCAGAACUCUCCAUGGAAAGAGUCCAGUCUGGAUCAGCCCUACCAGAAGGUCACAAAACCUCAAUCUGCUCACAGCAGCAGGUCCAGGUAAGAGACACAGCUGUACAUAUCAGCACAUCAACUUCAGUGCAGUAAGAGUGGAUAGUAAGGCAUGUUGCUGUCAUUCCACAUUGUGACGAUAAAAGUGUUUAACAGGAAUAUCAACAUUCCCCUUCUGUUUUUAUCAUGUGCAGCAGUCCAACAGGGACCCAGGUGUCCACAGAAAGCUGCAGGAUUCCUCUUUCUCAGUUCGUCAGGAACUCAGCCUUGCGUCAACACCAGUCCACCAGCGCCCCCUCCACCCCAGAACUGCAAAUCCGCAGACAGUACUCCCAGUCCUUCAGGUAAACAGAGAAACAGAUCCGUCUGUUCACAAAGAGCAUAGAGUGGAUUAUUAUAGUUUUUUUAAUUUUGCAUUUGUCUCCUCAGACUUCCUAAAAAUAGACCAUCAGGUGACAAGGAGCACCUCAACUCAGAAAACAAUCGGGGGCGAGCCAGGCUGCCCCAGCGACGCUGUGUAGCUGACUUCAUCGUGCGUUCUCCUGAGUACUCUCCUUUGCGGCCCUACCAGUCCAGCUCCGAGGAUAGCAGCUCUGAGCACUCCUCCUCCUCUUACAUAAGCUCACCUGGCAGAGACGGACCCACUGAGAUCCCAAAGCUCUGCCCGCCUCCUUACGGAUUCCACUUUGGAGCGCAGAAGAAAGGUCACUCGUGCUUCUCCAGCUCACAAAAGAACACCAACCAGUCUCAGCUCAGCCCCGGCUACAUCAGGCCUACAGCUGAAGACAGCCCACUCUCUCCUCAAGACCUGGACAGAGCGAAGGUCUUUCUGUCUUCGCCUCCCGUUGCUCGCAGACCGCAGCUAAGGCAGUGGCAAGAGGGAGCUUCGUCCCCAAGGAGAGUCCUAAAGCCCCCUCCGCCUUAUACGAGGCUGGUGCGAACGCCCUCCCUGAAGGAGUACCCCAACCACGCAAUCAGACUGAUGCCCAGGGAGAUUGUGUCAGAGGAGCUGAAGUCCUGGCAUCAGAGAAAUCAGCUGCAGAAGCUACGACCGAGUUGUGGGGAUCAGCUGGGCGUCAAGAGCCCCACCUCACCUCUUCUGUCUCCAUUCAAACAGGUGGGUACUGAAAAUGGAUCUGCUUACACGCUGAUGUGGUCGAACCAUGCUUUUUUUUACUUCAAGAAUGACUGACACUAUCCAACUGUUCUUUUAUCAAGUAGUUUGUAGGUUCAUGUUUCUUUUGAUGAAUAAAUUGAUAAAUCACUGAUUGUAAAUGAAUCCACAAGUUGAUUUUGUGACUCUUUCUUCAGGGUUCAGGUAACGUGGUUCUCCAGAGAGCUGCAGACGGGACUCCAGUCCAGUGGUUCAUCGCAGAGGAUGCUGAAAUAGUGAGCCAGGUGUAGCUGACUCCUGUCGUACUCUUCUUCCUUACGUUCAGUAGGAUGUGUGUUAUUCUUUAAUAUUUAUCUCUGUAUUUAUUAAGGCUUUGGACUCUCUAUGAGAUAUUUGUCGAUACAGAAAACGAGGACCUGUUGGUACCCUGAUGAGCCCAAUUCCCUCUCAUCUUUUAAUUUAAAACUUAAUGUAAGGUUUUAUACCAGUUUUAUUUAUUUAAUUUGUUUAAAUUGUCAUCUCUGGAGUGUCAGAGGUGAAAUGACAUUCAUACAAUUUCUGAAACGAGUCAAGUGGAUCAAAAGAUUUGAAACAAACUUGCUGUGGUUCGAUUUGCACACGAUGACCUCCCACAGAAACUCUGAACAUGACCCCUUUUUCUAAAAAUAUUUAAGUUUAUUUAUCUGUUUUUAAAAAUCCCCUUGGGACUUCUAUUAACAUGUUAUUACACCUUUGAAGAUGCAGUGCUCUUUAAUAUAUUUAGUUAAAAUCUAACACCUGUCUAACCUCGAUGUGUGAGCUGAAUUUUAACGUUUCUAUCCAUUUGUUAUAAUUCUUCAGUAAUACCUUCAAUGGUGGAGUGAUGAAUGUUUAAAUGCAGUAUGAAGUUAUGAUACUAAUGAAGUGAUUGUAUCAGUUCAUGUUUUGUAUAUUUAUAAUAAAAAACUACAUCUGGAAGUUAA